AGACACUUUAUAACAGAACGUCAGCCCCUGGCAUCAAUCUAGUCUGAGAGCGACUUUUGGGACUGAAGGACUACCGCUGUUGGACUCUUUGGGGGAACGUUGAUUUUUGCUUCUUGGAAGCCUGAAACUCUUUUUCUUGUGGAAAUAACUCGCGCUAAAUCGUCUGGCAAGAUGCUGCUCCUACUACUGGGAAUCAUCCUCCUGCACGUCGCUGCUCUGGUUCUCCUGUUUGUAUCAACGAUAGUCAGCGUAUGGACGUCAAGUGAAACUAGCACCUCAGACCUCUGGUAUAACUGCUCUACUGCCAAUGGAGGAUACCACUGUGACCCAGCAUCAACUGGAGAGUGGAUUCAAGCGGUCCAGGCCCUCAUGAUCCUAUCCAUCAUCUUCAGCUGCCUGUCUCUCUUCCUCUUCUUCUGCCAGCUCUUCACUUUGCAGAAGGGCGGACGCUUCUUCCUCACUGGAACCUUCCAGAUCCUUGCCAGUUUGUUUGUGAUGAGCGGAGCCAUCAUCUACACGGUGAUGAGUCCGGACUGGGUGCCGGACACAGACGCCUUUGGCUACUCCUACAUCCUGGCGUGGGUCGCCUUCCCUUUGGCGUUGGUCAGCGGACUCAUCUACGUCAUCUUGAGGAAGCGAGAAUGAGCCUUCAGUCCAUCCCAGUGUUCCCAGUAACCCCCAGCCCAACUGCAAAUGUCAGACCCCCUCUGAAGUUUAAGUUCUAAAGCCUGAGUACCAACGGCUAACUGAGCCGAGGCUAAUAUCGCAUUGAUGAGGGAAAAUACCAAAAAAAUCAAAUUCAAACAAACAAUACUGUCUCAGUUAAAUGAUGUAUAUAGUAUCUAUGGUUUAAAACCUAUUUAUAACACUUUUUACAUAUAUGUACAUAGUUUUUGUGUUGCUCGUCAACAGAUACUUGUAUGAGCUUUGUUUCAGCUGAUUAAGUGCCUUGUGUUCGUUUGUAAUGAUGAAGUAAUUAGAUGCUUUUUUGUUGUGUUUUUUUGUUUUAAUUGCCAAAGAAUUAGCAAAAAGACAAAAAAGUUUCUUGGAGUAUAUUAACCAAAGUGCAUGUAUAGAAAUAGAAGGGUUAGAAGAUUUUAAUGAUGGGCUUGCUUUACAAAAAAGAGUGGUGACAUCCAUGGUUGUAGCAUAGCCAUAAAAGUAGAUUUGGUCCUUUUUCUAUUUGUGAAUUUGCAAGUUUCAGUGUUUUUGUUUUCGGUAUUUUUCUAUUUCUUAUUUUCAACAAAAGAUGGUGCUAUGUAUUUAUCAUUCCUCUUACUGAUAGCAGUCAUUUACAAAAACGUUAAUUUAGAGUUGAACAGCUUGCCAUUAAUCACAGCGAGAAUCCAACAGAGGUGCCUGACUGCUUCUUUAGGGAACACAGCCGAGUUCAUGAUGAUUUUGUUUCUCCAUCAGCUACUGUAAGAUAGUAAUCUUUGAGUUUGGGGUGAUACAUGAUGAAGUAAAUGUCACUUUGAAUGUCAGUAUUAUUCUGCCAGUUUGUGAAGAGUUAGAUUACAGCAAAAAUUACUUCACAUAAGCUUUUUAGCCUUCAUUUUCUCUAAUUUUGAUGUUUGUGUUCACCUCAUUCUUAAGACUUUAGAAGCCAAAUUGCCUCCUUGCCUGCAAUUUCAACAUAGUCUGUGUAAUGUUCCCUCUGUGCAACAAGUUAUGGCUUUCCUAGUCAUCCUUUGAAUUUCCACUUAUAUGAUAUGCCAGAUAGACUGUUUCACAUAGCCGUCGCAUGGGAUAUGUUUCAUUUUCAUCUGGGCAACCGCUCAUAGUCGAUGUUUGGCAAGGGCCGAACUUUGGAAAAAUGUCUCGGAGGGGGAUUGCAUGGACGUUCUGUCUGUUUCAAUCAUUACAGGCCAAUCAUACAAUCAACAUAUGAUGUAGUGGGCAUGCUAAGCUGUGGAAAGUAGCCUACAUGAUGUGAGCUGGUCAAGCAGCCGUUAUCGUUAACUAACAGUGGAGCCGGUUGGUAAAUCGAACUCGUUGCAAAGAAAGUCGGGAGAAGGGCAAGAACAUAUUUUCCACCAAGAAAAACUUCCAGUGUCGUUCUUUGCUCUCCUUUUAACAAAGAAAUGUGGUCCGCUUCUGAUAAAAACCAACCAGGCUAGUUGCAGGCCCCCAUUGUUUACCAGCUUGCAGUACAACUGCUGUAGAUACCACCUCUUUCUCAUCAAAUGACGCUGAUAAAUCCUGCAACCCUACGCAAGAUGCAUUGCAAGAUGGAUCUGCCUGAUGACAGACAGGAAAUCUGGCAAAUCCAUCAGCUUUGCAAGGUUAGAUUUCCACAGAAUGCGCCAAUUCAUCUCAUACAGGUGCCAAAAAAAGUGCCAUGACAUUCUGCUGGCGGUAGACUCCGCUGCCAAAACGCAUCAAUUUGAUGAGAGCAGAUUGACCCAUAUGGGAACAUAGACUCUCAAAGUGCAUUUAGUACCUGAUACUGUUAAAAAACAAACAUGAAAUACAACAAAAAUGGGCAUCGGUUUGGCUGAGUGGGCGAAGUGGGUACCCAUGUGCGCAGGCUGUGGUUUUGGUCGCACUGGUCACGGGAUCAACUCUGCCAUUUUUUCCUGUCUCACUGCAGCCAUCCUGUGUAGGUAAAGGUCAAAAAGCCCCAAAAUAAUCUUCAAAAAUACAACACAAUUUAUCACGACAUACUUUGUUGGGUAGUCUCUGCAACAAAGGAAAACAUAAACCUUGUAACAUAAUGUUCUCAACCACAGUAGAAGCCAAAAAAUCAGGUAUUAUUCUCACUUUUUUCAUGUUUUUCAAACAAGGCUAUCAUGAUUUUGCAAUCCCCCAUGAACUUGUAGUCCUCUGGUGGUGAGGGCACAUACUGGCAGUUGAAAGAAAACUAUGGCAUGGAUGGAACACCGCAGACUUAGACUAUAUUGAAAUUACAGGCUAUUAAAACCAUAUGAUAAAAAUGACUAUUAAGACAACGGUAUCAGUUAAUAUUACAACAAACAAAGUUAAAGCCAUACAAGAGAAAUACCACAAUAGGAAAAAAGAUAUUUAGUAUUAACUCUGUAUAUGUAAGAAAAGGACAGAGAUGUUUGCAGUGAUGAUAAAAAAUGUCUGUUUCACAUACUUGAAGUUUGACAUGCUGCAGUCUCUGCCCACUGACGUCUCGAUGUUUGUUCUUCUACUGUAUGAAACACUGUUUAUAUGUUGUGCAUAACAGAUGGUGAUGAAAAACCUAGCCUUAAAACAUUCACUUACUCAAUAAAACAACUCUCACAUUAUCUAAUACUGUGUAUUCAACUGUUAAAAGGGACUGGAUUCAUGCUAAAAAUAACGUGCGAGGCCAUUGAUAUGAGCUCGUUCAGGAUAACAAGUCACUUUUUGGCUUUGCAUGGGGCAACAAGUGUAAUAAUAACUGUCAGAGAAUGACACAAAGGCUGCAACUUCUGAACCACUUUAGAAGCCUUAAGUCCAUGUGCAACAUUAUGAAAUAUGUAAUGUAAAUUCCUGUGUACAGUCAAGCCAAGCAAGUCUAUUUUACAGUAUGUGAUCAUAAUCUGGUAGAUCAAAUAGUCUGCCUUGUGCAUGUGUUUGCAAAUGCUGUAUGUGACUUGUGUUACCACGCACUGAGGCACAGGCACGGCGGUCUGCACCCAAUGCCAGUUAUUCAAAACAUGCAGCUACUGUUUCACUGUCAACAGUGCCUCUCAUAUAGCAACAGAAAUAAGACGGCUUGGACGUGGUGGGUCUGUCCUCCACUUGACAUCUCUGGUGAGACCUUGCAGAGCUAUGAUGAGGUGGAUUAAAGUAUUUAAUUCAGAGCUUACGCUAGCUAGUCUGCUGUGAGAUUUAGCAUGAUGCUCAUUACUGGGUUCAGUUAGAAGAGACUGACUCUAAUGACAACUGCCCUAAUACUACUUUGUAUAAAACAACCAAUGUCUAUGCCAUGUUUACACCUAAACUUCCAAAUGCUCUUGAUAUUACCAAAGCUACUUUGAGUUUAAUCAUUAAAGGAUGUUUCUUACCACCA